AUGCCUCGUAGGUUUGGUUUUGUUGACUCCGAAUUGCCGCAUGGCUACUGCUACACCCUCCAUCACUUCCACUCUCUGUGUGGUUUGCAUUUCGGAUACACACAAUGCAACCCUAUAGUACCUGCAGACGUCUUGAUCCAUGCUGGUGAUUUAACCCAGAGCGGCACAGCAGACGAGGUGCGCUCCGCUGUCCGUUGGAUCGCCUCCUUGCCCCACCCUGUCAAGAUAGUUGUUGCAGAAUACGGAAACUGGGCCUUUCAAUAUCCACAGCCGAAAUUACUCCCUGAUCGUGCUCGUGAUGUGUGGGCAUCUAUCCCUCACCACAUCGACAUCCUCGUUACCCAUGGGCCGCCACAUGGCCAUAUGGACACUGUAGGAUCUCAGCAUGCAGGAUGCGUAGCAUUACUCGAGAGGUUGCAGGACGUUAAGCCAAUGUUGCACGUCUUUGGACAUGUGCACGCUGGUAGAGGUGUUCAGACUCUUCGGUGGGAUCUUGAACAAAGGGUGUCUAGUUGGUCAAUAAAGAACCUUCUCUCUGGAAUGCCGUACGCUUUAUCGCUUCUUUCUCAACGCGAUUCAACGGUGGAAUAUCGCGACACCACAUUACUUGUAAACGCAUCCAUUCAAGCUGGAAACAGAGACGCGGCUGAACGAUCCUGA